GUUACAAAGCCGACUCACUACUUCCUCUCUUCUCACAUGCGACCGGAGGCUCUAACGACCCCCAGAAAAACCGUAAGACCCUUAAAAACCUCUCUGGAUCAUCUCUCUGCUGGAGAUCAAAAUAACGACGCUCCACUUCAACAAUCAAGAUGUCUUCUUCGUACGAUGAGAAUGAUUCCAAGUUAAUGCGAAAAGCAAAGGAGAAUCCAUUUGUCCCAUUGGGAUUGGUCGGCUGCCUUGCCAUCGUGGGGUACAGACUUAUGAAAAUGAAAAGUCGGGGGGACACAAAAAUGUCAGUGCACCUGAUCCACAUGCGCGUAGGCGCUCAAGGCUUCGUGGUUGGAGCCAUCACCAUUGGGGUCCUGUAUUCGAUGUACAACGACUACAUUGUAAAGCCCAGAGAACAACAGAAAGCAGUGGCAGACAAGUGAACAUGGACUCUUAUGCAUCUUAAUUAUACCUUAUAUUCAGGUGUUAAGAGAAGAUUUAUUUUUUCAGAUGUGUCAUAAUUUGUAUAUAUGCACACAUCCCCGAAGCAGAUUGGUAUAAUUUAUUGGUUACACUUUCUUGUCCUUGUUUAAAAAAAAUAACCACCAGUGGCAGGUUGACUGGUCUUUGUAGCUUCUUUAUUGCUCGUAUUUAUUUUGUGUCACACCAGCGUUAUAUUAUUUAAUGUAAGGAUGUUUGCUAAAAUGUAAAAGACUUGUAAAGGGCAUCCCAGUGCAUUCGGGACGAUUAUGUAGAAGGCUCUGACAACAUGUGGUCCUAUUCUAUCACAUCAUUUAACCAACAAGCACACACAUGAUUUGUAAUUUACAGCAAUAUCAGAUUAUAUCACAACACAAAUACAAACAGUUAUCACAUGUAAAUUGGAAAAAGGGACACGCACCAUGAAAAAAGGUCUAUUUUUUUCGUAAAUACAUUUGUGAUUUUAUUUUAAUAGCCUUUUACAAAUUAAUUGCUGCUUCUUUUCUCCUCAUAUUUGUAUAACUUAUCUUGUGACACACGGAGGUCCAAUACACGUCUUCAUGACACAUAUGAGAUAAACCCACGUUGACCUGUAGACUGUGCAAUAACCUAGAAAACAGCAUAUAGCCUACUGUGUGAUAUGCUUAAGAAAAGAUGCCUUGUUAUGUUAUUCACAAAGUACAGUUGUAAUGUUCUGUGCAAAACACAGGACAUGUUCAUUUUUAAAAUUUCUUUGUAUUGUUUUCUUUUUCCUCUGGAAAUAAAUAAAUUACCAGUA